CUCUCUCUGUACCUUCUGUCCCAGCUGAUGUGAAAAUCAGUUGCAGUUGUGGCAUUUAGAGGUAUUUUCGUGUGUGUUUCCUAAAACAAAGACAUGUUCCUGCAUUCAAAACCAAGUGGCACUGAUGAAGACCCCUGUCUCACACCCCAUACUUAAAAGUUGUCUUAAUGGUGCCCGGUAUGGAAACUGGGUUAUUUUUUGUUCCAGGAGCAGGCAUUGCAUUCAGCUGUGGUCUCUGAUUUCUUUUAGUUCUCAGUUUUUCCUGCACUCUCAUGACCCUGAUGCUUUUGGAGAUUCCCUGACAGUUUUGCAGAAGUAGAUUUAGCGACAUGUGAGAUAUGUCCAGCCAUGGAUGGCCCUUGUUCUGUGAUGCAGACCAGGAAUUACACUAUUCAGAGGCUAGGCUCGUCUAGAUGGUGAUCAGUGUCUAGCCACAACUAUCUCAGGACACUUCCAGGCCACACCCCUCAAGAGGAUGCCUCCUUAGCCGGGGUUUCACUUUCACCUCCUAGGUCUCCUGCUUCUCUGGAGAACCCACCCUGGAGCUAUGGUCCAUGCUUUCCUCAUCCACACUUUGAGGGCCCCGAAUUUGGAAGAUACAGGCCUUUGCCGAGUGCUCUACUCCUGUGUCUUUGGUGCUGAGAAAUCACCUGAUGAUCCCCGACCACAUGGUGCAGAAAGGGACAGGCUCUUCCGAAAGGAACAGAUUUUGGCGGUGGCCAGACAGGUGGAGUCACUGUGUAGGCUGCAGCAGCAAGCAUCUGGAUGUUCCUCCACAGACCCGCAGCCUCAGUUCUCAGCCGAGUCUGUGUCCCUGCAUGAGGCCCCUCACGGAGCCUUCCACCUGGCAGCUGGGGACCCUUUCCAGGAGCCACAGACAGUGCUAUGGCUGGGCGUGCUCUCCUUAGGUUUCGCCCUGGUGUUGGAUACCCAUGAGAACCUGCUGCUAGCUGAGCGCACACUCCGGCUCUUGGCCCGCCUCCUCCUUGACCACCUCCGGCUGCUGACACCAGGUACCAACUUCUUGUUGCGGGCUGAUCGUAUUGAGGGGAUCCUCACCCGCUUCCUGCCACACGGGCAGCUGCUUUUCCUCAAUGACCAGUUCGUCCAGGAUCUGGAGAAGGAAUUCAGUGCUGCUUGGCCCCGCUGACCCCUCACCAGAAUGAGGCUUCUGGAAAGGACAAAGAGGGAGGUAAGAUUGCAUACUGCUAAGGGAAGCUUGGCGUCUGCCUCUUGCCCAGUCUGCUCCCUACUCUGACAUGUGGCCACACUCAGGACAUAUGGAUUGGGCAAGCCCACAGGAAGGGACCUGAAUAGAAGGAUGUCUGUGCCUGUUCUCAGGCCACUGGAAUUGUUGAACAUCCUGAACCUGGAGCUGCCCUGUGGCCUCUUAGACUGUGCAGUGUCCACCAUGUCCUUGACUCUAGCUCCCUUCAGCCCUCCAGCUGUCAGUACUGGAGCAGUGUACUGCCUGCCAGACUCACCUUAGUCGAUAGCUACAGCACAGAAGGAGUCUCUCAGAUUCUCUUCAAGGUUGGGAAGCCACCCUGGUUCCUGCCUUUGCACAUGAGCAAGGAUUUUGUCAGCAAGGCCUGUUCUUCAUCCAUCUCCACCACAGUGUGGAGCAGGGGGAUUCUUCUUAUUCUUGCUUCUUCUGUACCAAGCCUGUGUCUGCCAGGACAGCUGAGAGCACAACAGCUUUUCUUGUCUGCUGGCCAGCAGGUGCCAGGCAUCUGGGCCAGGCGAUGUCUUAUUUUGAAUUAAAAACAAUGGCGGUCUGA